CGCAAAAUUCCUAAACCAAAAGGCUGUAGGAGGGGCAAAGUUUGAAAACAGGAAAUUUGAGAGGGCCAACCCCCUUACUCAAAACCCUUCUUCUCCCAUUGAAAAACCCUCACUCCGGCGCUGUUUUUUUGGACAAGAAAGAAGUUCGUAUGAUACACGCGCCGCCGUAGCUCCGUGUAACAAUGUCGACGGGCUUCUCAUUCUCCAAUUCUUCUUCUUCCUCUACCCCUCCUACAUCCUCCACAUCCCCAUUCUCCUUUGGCUUCGCAAACCCUAACCCUAACCCCGCCUCAUCUGCUCCUUCCUCUACCCCUCCUACAUCCUCCACAUCCGCCUUCUCCUUUGGCUUUGCAAACCCUAACCCUAACCCUAACCCCGCCUCAUCUGCUCCUCCCUCUACCCCUACUACAUCCUCCACAUCCGCAUUCUCCUUUGGCUUCGCAAACCCUAACCCUAACCCCGCCUCAUCUGCUCCGUCGUUUGGGUCUGCUGCUUCUGCUUCCACUCCCACACCCACCCUAUUCGGAUCUUCUUCCGGUACGGCCACCACCACUUCAAACUUAUUCGGAUCAUCUUCCGGUUCGGGCACCACUUCAAGCAUAUUCGGAACUUCUACCUCCACUACGAACCUCUUCGGAUCCACUACAUCUGCAAGUAGUUCCCCAUUGUUUGGGGCACCAAAUUCAGCUGGUGGUUCUUCUACUCCAGCUUCGGGUUUUUUUGAUUUCACUUCGGGGGGCUUGUUUGGUUCAUUAUCUGGAACUGCAGCAACUAGUGCUACUACUAGUCCUUUUGCUUCAACAACUCCUCCAUUUGGUUCAUUCUUCUCCGCUCCUUCUUCUUCACAGGGAUUUUCGUUCUCCAGCUCAGCAUCUUCUGCACCGGGUUUUUCACCUGCUACUGCAUCAGCAUUUUCAUUUUCGACCUUGAGCUCAGCAGCAUCAAGUCCAGCAUUAUCAACUCCGAGUUCAGCUGCACCUGCAGUGUCAUUAUCAACGCCGACUUCUUCAGCAGCACCUACAUUUUCCUUUUCCAUGCCUGCUACUGCACCUUCUUCAUCUCCAUCACUGUCACAUUCGGUUGCAAAAGGGACAGGAAGUUCCUCUGUAACGACUUCUUCAAAUGCUCCUUCGUUUGCAUCUAAUACAUCUUCAGCUGCUGCUUCUUCAAAUGCUCCUUCGUUUGCGUUUAAUACAUCUUCAGCUGCUGCUUCUUCAAGUGCUCCGGUGUCAAAACCUGCUUCAAGUACUGGUUUUUCAAUUGCUUCAUCGCCUUUGUUUUCCACCGUUACCACCACCACCAACGUUUCUACAGCUACAACUAGUGGGACUGGUUCAGCUCCGACGUUUUCCGUGCCCACAUCUUCAGCUUCAACAACUAGUGCUGUUGCUUCAUCCGCAAGUUCUACACCAGCUUUAUCCUCACAAUCUACUGCGGCUCUGCCAAGCUUUGGUGUACCAAGCACAACUUCUGGCGCUGCAACAAGUUCAGCUGCUCAAACAUCAUCUGCAUUGACUGUAACUUCUAGUAGCGGGACUACUUCAACUUCUACUGUAGCUGCCACUUCCACACCAAAAUUACCAUCAGAAAUUACAGGAAAGUCUGUAGAAGAGAUCAUCAAGGAAUGGAACACUGAGCUGCAGGAACGCACUGCAAAAUUUAGAAAGCAGGCUAAUGCAAUAGCUGAGUGGGAUAAAAGGAUCUUGCAGAACCGUGAUAUUCUUCUCAAACUUGAGAGUGAAGUUGCAAAGGUUGUCGAGACACAAGGGAGCUUAGAGCGACAGCUGGAGCUAAUUGAGACUCAUCAGGAAGAGGUUGACAAGGCAUUGCAAAGCAUGGAAGAAGAAGCUGAUCGAAUUUACAAAGAUGAAAGAGGAGUGAUUCUUGAUGAUGAAGCUGCAUCAACAAGGGAUGCUAUGUAUGAACAGGCCGAGUUUGUGGAGAGGGAGAUGGAGAAGAUGACAGAGCAGAUCAAGUCAAUCAUUAAUACUGUCAAUGCCAGCCAGGGUGGAGAACUUGAGGCAACAGAUGGAAUGACACCGCUUGAUGUUGUUGUCCGAAUCUUGAACAAUCAAUUGAGUUCACUGAUGUGGAUUGAUGAAAAGGCUGAAGAAUUCUCAUCUCGUAUUCAGAAGCUUGCAAGCGAAGGGUCUGCCGUCAAUCGUGAAUUAACAGGCCCCAGAUUAUGGUUGACUCGAUGAUUGGUGCACUCGACUUGGUGCUGUGUAAAUCCAAGGGCCUCUUGAAUCUUUUGCGGAUCUCGUUUCUCCUUCUAGCUGUGUAUGUCAUUAGAUCAAGGCAGAUAUGUUAAAUCCUGAUUCCUUUCAAAGGCUUUACAUCUUAUUGGUGAUUGAAGUGCUGAGAUUUCUUUCUUUUUUAAAAAAAAAAAAUGGGGCUCAAUUGUGUUCAAAAUCGUGUGCCUUCUUCUUUUCUUAUUAUUGCUGUAAGACAAAAUGAUGUUUAAAUGAAGAAAUACAAAAAUUAAGAGGCUAA